CCGGAAGUAUGCAGCUGUGUGUACAGGGCAGCGGUGUUCCUGCCCACUGUAUGCAUCAAAAAUCCCUUUCAGCUCAAUGAGCCAUCGUCGUUCUCAUUAACGAAUUAGUCUAACAGUCCUGUAGGUAACGUUAGCAAUCCCUAGAUAUGCUGGCAGUCAGUAUUGUAGUGUGGACGUAAUUUUCUUUCUCUUCACUGUUCAAGAGCAUACCUAACCAUGGCUAACGAGCCGGUGAGUGUGCUGUUCAAGUUGUACUGCCUGACAGUGAUGACACUGGUGGCUGCAGCUUACACUGUGGCACUGCGAUUCACCAGGACCGUUUCUUCAGACUUGUAUUUCUCCACCACAGCUGUGUGCCUCACUGAGAUCAUAAAACUCUUUCUGAGUAUAGGCAUGCUCGCCAGAGAAACUGGAACCUUCAGUAGGUUGAAGAACACUAUACUUGAUCAAGUAAUUCGCAGUCCUAAGGAAGUCCUAAAGCUCAGCGUGCCAUCUGUGGUCUAUGCUAUACAGAAUAACAUGGCCUUCAUUGGCUUAAGCAACCUGGAUGCAGCUGUGUACCAGGUGACCUACCAGCUGAAGAUUCCCUGCACAGCGCUGUGCACUGUCCUGAUGCUGAAUCGGUCCCUGAGCAGGCUCCAGUGGUUCUCCGUCUUCAUGCUGUGUGUGGGAGUGACCCUGGUGCAGUGGACGCCAGCUGAAGCCACUAAAGUUGAGGUGGAGCAGAACCCAUUUUUAGGAUUUGUGGCCAUUGCAGUGGCUGUCAUCUGCUCUGGAUUUGCAGGUGUGUACUUUGAGAAGGUGUUAAAGAGUUCCGAAACGUCCCUGUGGGUGAGGAACAUGCAGAUGUACCUGUCCGGCAUCGUCAUCACCCUUGCUGGAGUUUUCAUGACUGACGGAGCACAGGUCAUUGAGAAAGGUUUCUUAUUCGGAUACACACCAUGGGUGUUCUUUGUAGUCAUUCUGUCAAGUGUGGGCGGUUUGUACACAUCCAUUGUGGUAAAGUACACAGACAACAUCAUGAAGGGUUUCUCUGCAGCUGCUGCCAUAGUUCUAUCCACAGUGGCCUCUGUUACCCUGUUUGGCCUUCGAAUAACUGCCACCUUUGCCUCCGGCACUUUUCUGGUGUGCGUCUCCAUAUACCUUUAUGGGCUGCCAAAACAAGACACCAGUAAGGUCACAAAGGUUGACUCAAAUAGUGAGUCCAAGCAGAAACUGAUAAACGUUUGAUCCGUGGAAUAUUCGGGAGAGGGGAGAUCCCGUGUGGAAUCCUGCUGCACGGGUCUCUGGAAAAUACUCCGAAAUGGAUUCUUUGACACGUCUCAACAGGACCCCCAAGUAUGGUGCCCCUGCACCAGCGCAUUUAUGGGCGGCAGGGAAGCUACUCCCAGUCAUUACUGAUCCUGGAAGAAGGUGCCAGAAAUUCAUGUGAAUGUCAAGGUACAUCAAAUGUAUCUUUUUUCCUCUCUCAUUUUCAGUUGAAGACCACAAACACAGAGCUGUGUAGGGAAAUAACAAUGAAGUCAAACCUAUAGACUGCAGUCAUUCUCGAUAUUGACAGUUAUAAUCAGAGAUGCAGUAAGGCAUCUGUAGCCGAUUUUAAAUAAUGUCAAUCAUUUUAUAUUAUUUUCAAGUUUGACAUUUAUUUGUGGAAUGUCUUUGUUAAUAUUAACAAGUAACUUGUACAUACCCUGUUCAGCGCAGCCAGGUUUAACAUGUAUGACUAUAAGAACCACUGUAAAACCAAGGACGACACUAUGUAAACACCAGGAAAUGCGAGGAUGCCUGUUACCCACAGUGUACUAUUCUUGUUUUUAAAAAUGUGAACUUUUAUCCAUUAUUCCUAUAUAGCAUUGACAUGAUUGUGUUGAUUUGGAUGAAGCAGUGCAAACAUGAAAUUAAAAAGUUUGUCAGAUAAA